CGCCAUCCGCCCUCGCUACCCCCCCAUCCCCAGGUGAGGGGGGUGAGCUCGGGAAGCGGAGACCCGGAGGAGCCCAGCAGGGUCACCAUUUGCAGCGCAACAUGGCAGGAGCUGGAGGAGGGAAUGACAUCCAGUGGUGUUUUUCUCAGGUGAAAGGAGCAGUAGAUGAUGAUGUAGCAGAAGAUAUAAUUUCUACAGUAGAAUUUAAUCAUUCUGGAGAAUUACUAGCAACAGGAGAUAAAGGCGGUAGAGUUGUCAUCUUUCAGCAAGAGCAGGAGAACAAAAUCCAGUCUCAUAGCAGAGGAGAAUAUAAUGUUUACAGCACCUUCCAGAGCCAUGAACCAGAAUUUGACUACUUGAAAAGUUUAGAAAUAGAAGAAAAGAUCAACAAAAUUAGGUGGUUACCCCAGAAAAAUGCUGCUCAGUUUUUAUUGUCUACCAAUGAUAAAACAAUAAAAUUAUGGAAAAUCAGUGAAAGGGACAAAAGACCAGAAGGGUAUAACUUGAAAGAGGAAGAUGGAAGGUAUAGGGAUCCUACUACAGUUACUACACUACGAGUGCCAGUCUUUAGGCCCAUGGAUCUAAUGGUCGAGGCCAGUCCACGAAGAAUAUUUGCCAAUGCUCACACAUACCACAUCAACUCAAUUUCUAUUAAUAGUGACUAUGAAACUUACUUAUCUGCAGAUGAUUUGCGGAUUAAUCUUUGGCAUCUGGAAAUUACAGAUAGGAGUUUUAAUAUUGUGGACAUCAAACCUGCCAAUAUGGAGGAGCUCACAGAGGUGAUUACAGCAGCAGAAUUCCAUCCAAACAGCUGUAACACAUUUGUAUACAGCAGCAGUAAAGGAACUAUUCGGUUAUGUGACAUGAGGGCAUCUGCCCUCUGCGAUAGGCAUUCUAAACUGUUUGAAGAACCUGAAGAUCCCAGUAACAGGUCGUUUUUUUCUGAAAUCAUCUCCUCCAUUUCUGAUGUAAAAUUCAGCCAUAGUGGUCGCUACAUGAUGACUAGAGAUUAUUUGUCAGUUAAAAUUUGGGACUUAAAUAUGGAAAACAGGCCCGUGGAAACAUACCAGGUACAUGAAUACCUCAGAAGUAAACUCUGUUCACUGUAUGAAAAUGACUGCAUAUUUGACAAAUUUGAGUGUUGUUGGAAUGGAUCUGACAGUGUUGUCAUGACUGGAUCUUACAAUAAUUUCUUCAGAAUGUUUGAUAGGAACACAAAGCGAGAUAUAACUCUAGAAGCAUCACGAGAAAACAAUAAGCCUCGCACGGUUUUGAAGCCACGCAAAGUCUGUGCAAGCGGCAAGCGAAAGAAGGAUGAAAUAAGUGUUGACAGCCUAGACUUCAAUAAGAAAAUCCUUCAUACAGCCUGGCACCCCAAGGAAAAUAUCAUUGCUGUAGCUACUACAAACAAUCUGUAUAUAUUUCAAGACAAAGUGAAUUAGGGUUGGCAUUCCUAACAGAAGAGCCCUCUUCCUGCUUAGUUGAGAUAGCUGAGUCUAGCAUUCGUACAUAUAAGAGAGAGGUCCAUUGUGGCACCCCUUUCCAGUGUUUGACAGUGUGCCAUUCAACAACACACUCAUAGCUACAUGGAGAAAGCUCUGUGGCUUCAUCACUGUGGUCUUCUCCAUGUCUGCUAGCCAUUUAGGUAAGGGUAGGGCACUUUUAAUUUAAUGACUUCUUGCACCAUCUUGCCUAAUGGACUAGAUUGGACUGUAUCAACAUUGAUUUACUCCACUUUUUAUGCCUUCCAUUGUGAUGACGUCAAACACAGUGAAAGCCUUCAGUCAUGCUAUGGGAUUUAAUUGUGUAUCCUCAUUACUGUAUCAUUUGUGGGGUACACCCCUCCCCCCUUUUUUAAAUUAAAUACAGCUCAUUCUUACUGUGGCUUGUAGCAUUCCUCCUCUCUGGCCUCCUGGACUCUUCCUCCUUCAUCUCUUUUACCCUUGCCCCUUCCACCCAGUCUUGGUGGUGGUAUAUUAAAAAACAAAAAGGAAAGAAUGAAAGCACACAAAAAUGAGUCAGUUUGGGGUCAGUGGUAAAGGGGGUCUAUGUUGCGAACAAAUGUUUUAAUGACAGUUGGCUGUAAUCACUCCUUGCCAUGUCUGGCACUGAAAAUAAGGAAAAAAAAAAACUACUACUGAAUAAAAGUGACAAAGAAUGGAGAAUCUGGUUUUCUUUUUCUUUUUAAUCUACCUCUUUGAGCCAAUAUUUUGUGUCAUACUCUUGGGCGCAGUGAAAUGAGUUUCCAUUGUGAUACUGGUAUUUUUGUUAAUUUUAACAAGUGUUCUUUUACAUGGAGGAGAGGUAUUGGUUCUGUGUGAACAUAUUUUGAAUAUAUAUUGGUAUUAAGGAUUUCACAAUCUAUAAAUGCUACUAGAGUUUUUACUGUAGUUAUGAGGGUAUUGGAUACAUUGUAUCUAUACUUAAUAUUUGUUAAUGAAAUUGUAAAUGAGAACCACGU